CUCUUUUCAUGUACUAUGAUGUUGUAUCGAUGUAACAACUUCUUCUUUCUCUCAACUUAUUUUUCUAUUUUUUGUGGUCUUCGGAAUCCUACGGGAUUCAACCCUAUGUACAUAUUUUGUUGGAACGAAUCAGCCAUACACGAUGCCUCAUGAGUAUGCUUUCACAGUAAAUGAUGAACCGGUGAUUCACCAAAAUGUGGGAGUUUUGCAAGAUGGUACAAGCUAUGAUGACUGUAGUGGUGUCAUGGAUCUGGAACCAAAGAGAAAAGAAAGCAAAAAAAGAAAAAGAAAGAAGGAAAGGAAAGGAAAACAAAAAAAAAAGAAACAAUGAACAAACCGAAUAACUACCCCUCGUUCAGUUACU